CCUCUGAGCGUGCCCAGCCUCGACUGCCUGACUGAUCACCUUCCGCUCCAACAGGACCAGUUCCUCCACGCCGUGACUCACGCCUAUUGUGCCAGGCUGGGCGCACUCAGCAGUGCAGACCCACAGGUGGCAUUGGCUAGGAGAGAGGGUUCCCGCCAGGCUAGGCAGUGGAGCGCCGCACAGCCCGCCUUCCCGCCUCCCAGCCGCCGCCCAAGCAGUUCCUACCCAGCGCCAGCAGGCCUGCUAGGUCGAUCUUCGAGCCGAAGAUGCGGCGGGGCUGGAAGAUGGCUCUGUCUGGGGGGCUGCGGUGCUGCCGCCGAGUACUGUCCUGGGUGCCAGUGCUCGUUAUUGUCCUCGUCGUGCUCUGGUCCUACUAUGCCUACGUCUUUGAACUCUGCCUGGUGACUGUUUUGAGCCCAGCAGAAAAAGUUAUCUACCUCAUACUCUACCAUGCCAUUUUUGUGUUCUUUGCGUGGACCUACUGGAAGUCCAUCUUUACACUCCCACAGCAACCUAACCAGAAGUUCCACUUGUCCUAUACAGACAAGGAGCGCUAUGAAAAUGAAGAGAGACCUGAGGUCCAGAAGCAAAUGCUUAUUGAUAUGGCCAAGAAGCUACCAGUUUACACAAGAACCGGGAGUGGAGCUGUACGAUUCUGUGACCGGUGCCAUCUGAUCAAGCCAGACCGCUGCCAUCACUGCUCUGUCUGUGCCAUGUGUGUUUUAAAAAUGGACCAUCACUGCCCUUGGGUUAAUAACUGCAUUGGAUUUUCCAACUACAAAUUCUUUCUUCAGUUCUUAGCUUAUUCUGUUCUCUACUGCCUGUACAUUGCUACAACCGUCUUCAGCUAUUUCAUCAAGUAUUGGAGAGGGGAAUUGCCCAGUGUUCGCUCUAAGUUCCAUGUCCUUUUUCUCCUCUUUGUGGCCUGCAUGUUUUUUGUCAGCCUUGUGAUUCUCUUUGGUUACCAUUGUUGGCUUGUCAGCAGAAACAAAACUACCUUAGAGGCCUUCUGCACUCCAGUGUUUACAAGUGGCCCAGAGAAAAAUGGGUUCAAUCUUGGCUUCAUCAAGAAUAUCCAACAGGUGUUUGGAGAUAAUAAGAAGUUCUGGUUAAUACCUAUUGGGUCCAGCCCUGGUGAUGGACACUCCUUCCCUAUGAGGUCAAUGAAUGAGUCACAGAACCCACUACUAGCAAAUGAAGAACGAUGGGAAGACAAUGAGGAUGAUAAUCGAGAUUAUCCAGAAGUCUCAUCAUCUCUUGCAGUGGAAACAGAAACGUAGCAGUUUUCUCAUUUCUGAAUCUCUCAAACAGGACUCACCAUCUCUCAUGAGGCUUACAGAGUUCAAUGUUGGGAACCAUUCUCAAAAUAAGCCACCAUGUUGGAUUUAAAGCUUCACAGUUUGAAAGCAUUCCAUCAAAUACUUGCUGUGCAGAUGUUUCAGGACUUUACAAAUUAUUUAAUUUACUGACUGCUCUGCAGUUGGUAACAAUAACUUCAAGCCAGUUUUUCUUCCUUUCCUAUCCUCUCCCAAUUGACGAAAGCCUAAAUGUAAGAUAUAUAUCUUUACAUUCAUCUUGUCAGGUAAAAGGGAAUUCAGAUGCCUUCUUUGGAAUCUUUAAUUCCCCCAGAAAAACUAUUAGUUAUAUCUACAAGGGUCUUUUUGGU